AUGGGGGAGGGGAUCAGCGGCGACGCCGGCCUUGCCGCGGCGCCGUACGACCAGUGGGUGCUGCUGAGCCCCGCCGGGGGCUCGCCGCGCCCGCCCGCGCGCUAUAAGCAUGCCGCGCAAGUGGUCCAAGACAAACUGUAUGUGGUCGGAGGGAGUCGCAACGGCCGUUCUCUAUCGGAUGUCCAGGUUUUUGAUUUUAGGACAUCCACGUGGUCAGCGUUAAACCCUGCUAGAGACUCAAACCAGCUGAAUCAUGAAAACAAUGCCACAGGUGGAUCGUUCCCAGCAUUAGCAGGCCACAGUUUGGUCAAGUGGAAAAACUAUCUCGUGGUUGUAGCUGGAAACACGAGGUCAUCAUCAUCAUCAAAUAAGGUUUCAGUUUGGCUUAUUGAUGUGCAAGCCAAUAGCUGGUCUGCUGUUGAUACUUAUGGAAAAGUUCCAACAGCUCGAGGUGGCCAAUCUGUAUCCCUACUUGGUUCUCGAUUACUAAUGUUUGGUGGAGAGGAUAACAAGAGAAGGCUACUGAAUGAUCUUCAUAUACUUGACUUGGAGACAAUGAUGUGGGAAGAAAUCAAAUCAGAGAAAGGUGGUCCGGCUCCUAGGUACGAUCAUUCAGCUGCUGUUUACGCUGACCAGUAUCUUCUGAUCUUUGGUGGCUCUUCUCACUCUACAUGCUUCAAUGAUCUUUACCUACUCGAUUUGCAAACUCUGGAGUGGUCUCAACCUGAUGUCCAAGGAGCACAUAUAACUCCAAGAAGUGGUCAUGCUGGUGCUAUGAUUGAUGAAAACUGGUGCAUUGUUGGUGGUGGAGAUAAUGCAAAUGGUUCCACUGAUACAAUUGUAAUGAAUGCUUCCAAGUUUGUGUGGUCAGUGGUCACCAGCGUCUCAGCUAGAGAUCCUCUAGCUUGUGAGGGUCUCACCCUUUGCUCAACCACAGUUGAUGGUGAAAAGGUUCUAAUUGCCUUUGGCGGUUACAAUGGGAAAUUCAGCAACGAGAUCUUUGUUUUGAAACCCAAGGCAAGAAAUUUAGUUCAACCUCGUCUUCUUCAAUCACCAGCUGCAGCUGCCGCCGCAGCUUCUGUGACAACUGCCUAUGCUGUAAUUACUGCUACAGAUGAGAAAACCAGAGAUAUUGUUGCUACAGAUGAUUUUGACAUCAAGAGAGCUCAACCUGCAAGUAAUUCCAAAAAGUUUGUUGCCGAAAUGGAUGUACUUAAUGGAGAGAAUGGUAAACUAGCGUCCAGACUGGCAGAAGUUCGCGAUGAAAACUCAAAACUAAAGGAUAAAUUAGACAUGGCAAACUUGUCAUAUGGUGAAUUAGCAAAGGAGCUUAAAUCAGUUCAAGAUCAACUAGCAGCAGAGGGUUCAAGAUGCCAGAAGCUUGAGUCGCAAAUUGCUGCUGCACGGAAGAGACUGGAAUCUGCUGGUUCUUUGGAGAAUGAACUAGACGUACUGCGUCAACAAAUAUCUCAGGUGGAGCAAACCAUUGCAACGACUCAGAGACGAAAAUCUGGGGGUGUUUGGAAGUGGGUGGCAGGGGUUCAGCUACAGUUGUAG